AUGCAGAACCAACACGUCACGCCGCCCUCGAGUUUUACACAACAAGCUUUGACGCCUCCGCCGACCGAUAAGAAACCCUUUGCUCAAGCCCGGCGGGCUGUCGCGCUUUUCACAGCCAUUUUCACAGCCAGGCAGACUGGAAGUCAUACGAAGCAAGAGUCGUGGACAGAAUUCCAGUUGACACCAGGAGAAUACGCGGAACUAGACCGGCUGCUGAGCCGUGACGAAGUGUUGCUAGGAUUCGUAAAGGACAAGAUACGUUAUGACUACGACCCAGAAAGUCAUCGACUUGUUGUUCGGAUGCCGACCGGCAUACACGAACUGUUCAUUGACGGGGUUGAAGACGCAAUCCGUUGUUGGCUGAAAACCAUACGUGGCCAACCAGGCAACGCCGCUGGUUUCGCGCACAAAGUACGGCCAGCUCGAUCUACUGCGAUAUACUUCCCAGUUGACAACAGUUUGUGCAACGCCAAGUCAAAGCAUGAGCCUGAUGCCUCUUUCUGGCAUGAGGACGCACAAUACCCGGGGGUCAUCGUUGAGGUCUCGUUUUCGCAGAAGCGAGAGGCGCUAGAACGGUUGGCAGAAACCUAUCUUUUGGACUCGGACGCAAGCGUGCGGGUUGUUGUCGGGCUGGAUAUUGGGUAUGAUAGGAACGAGACGAGCGAGGCAACAUUGUCGGUUUGGCGAACACAGAUCUUCCAUACUGCUGAUGGAGAUGAGCUACGAGUUGUUAAGGUCGUCGCAGAUGAAGCGUUUCGUAACAAGCAAGGAGAACCUACAAAUCAUCUAGGCCUACGGCUUUCCCUAUCCGACUUCGCUUGUGAAGAGCUUACAGAGGGUGUAAUGGAUGAUAAAUGGCCGGAAAUCAUUAUUUCUACCCAGCAGCUCUGCCAAUAUCUGUUCGCUGCAGAGCAUAAGUUCAAGCUGCCAGAUGCACUUGUUAAACAUACCAUUGCCCCUAGGGUUAAGAAGCGAAAGAGGUCAGCAACACCUCCUGAGAAGAUCACUUCAAGCGAUGAAGCAAUGUUCGCUAAGCAAGAGGAGAGAGCAGCGAAGCGCGCAGAGUGUGACAGUGAUUACGAGGAAAGAUCGUCUAUCAAUAGCCUCUCAGACUAG